UCAAUUGCAUAUUUACAAACAACAAGAUUUACAACAUCCAUAAUUACUUGAAUAUUGGAACGGAGGAGAAAAAAUGUGGAUGAACAAUCUGUGUCGAUAGAUAUGGACAAUGUGGGGGAUUUUCCGGCGACCGCGGCAAUGGCGGCGUCCGGGUUCUACCUCACGGUCGGUGAGGUUCCAGAGAUCAGAGCCGGCCUCGUCGUUAAUGCUACAUUCAGAUACCAAGGAACACGACAUUUUCCCCUUCUUGGGAUCGCUCCAGAAGGGUCUUUUCGUUAGAGCCGGCCUCCCCCUUCAUCCUACAGGAUUCCGAUCAUCGGCAGGGUUCGCUACCUCAUCCAGGACAGCCGUGGCCGACAUAGGUCUGUUGCGGAUUCUCCUCCCCAUGUCAAGAAUUUCGCCUUUGUUUGGAGAUUUUGGACGCGGCAUGCUGCCAUGGUUGAAGGCAUUCAUAUUCUCCUCCCCAAGCAAAGCCUUCGUGUUCAACCUUUCUUUCUUUCAUUUUCUGUUAACUUUCAUGAAAAACCUGGAACGUUUGCUGAAUCACCAAACGGUGAUCAGUGACUUUUCGCAAUCCAAACUAUCACAAAACUUGGUUUUGGAGACAAAACUUGGCUUUGGACACAAAACCAGGAUUCGCCUCCAAAACCAGGUUCUGAAGUAUCAUCCAGACAGACACUAAACUUUGGCUUUUGAUUUAUAAACUUUCAGUCUCUGGAAUUAAGCUUAGAGAUGCAUGUUUCUGGAAAAUGAGCCUUUUCGUAGUCCAUCUGUACUAGUUAAGAUUGUCACGGGCUUGUGCUUUUCUUGGCUAAUUACCAUAAGAUCUGAGCUUGAGCAGAACAAGGUUGGUUCGUUUGGCAUAUGAUGUUGCUCAAACCAUCACUUGUUUCAUAUGGUUGGGAGUAUUAAGAUCUGUGGAUUAACCCAAGGGAGAUCUGUUUCUCUUCCAGUUGGAGACCUGAAAUAAGAAGUAGGAUGUACUACAAAUCGGAUAAAAUCCAUUAGGUAUAUGUUUACUUCUCCAA